GGUUCUAAAUAGCUCCCUGGAGGAGCUAUCUCCCGCCUCAUUGAAGGCGGCCAUGUAGGGGGUUGACCCAUCCAUGGAACCAGUUUACAGUUAAGAAUAUAAGAACGUGUGCGUAGAGAGGCAGGCAACAUCAUGAACAGCCACGCUUCUGGAAGGUUCUAGGCAGCGCGCAGGGGCAGAAAUAGAGGGAGGCGGACUAAGCAAGCGAAGGACCCAGGAUCACGAGGCCGUUGGAUGGGAGGAGCCAGCGGCCGGGGAGGUUCCAGUCUGUUCUGCCCUGCGGCAGCCGCCCCCUUGUACGCGCUCACGCUGAGCCAGCGCCCGGGCCUGGAAUCGAGCCGCAGCCUCAGCCGCGCCCUCCGCUUCCCGCUGCCUCCCCACCAUGGAUCCCCGGAAAGUGAGCGAGCUUCGGGCCUUCGUGAACUUGUGUAAGCAGGAUCCGAACGUUCUGCACAGCGAGGAAAUGCGCUUCCUGAGGGAGUGGGUGGAGAGCAUGGGGGGUAAAGUACCACCUGCUACUCAUAAAGCUAAAUCAGAAGAAAAUAUCAAGGAAGAAAAAACAGAUAGUAAGAAGGCGGAGGAAGACAUAAAGACAGAUGAACUAUCAAGUGAGGAGAGUGAUCUAGAAAUUGACAAUGAAGGUGUGAUUGAACCAGACACUGAUGCCCCUCAAGAAAUGGGAGAUGAAAAUGUAGAGAUAACAGAGGAGAUGAUGGAUCAGGCGAAUGAAAAGAAAGUGGCUGCCAUUGAAGCCCUAAAUGAUGGUGAACUACAGAAAGCCAUUGAUUUGUUCACAGAUGCCAUCAAGCUGAAUCCUCGCUUGGCCAUUCUGUAUGCCAAGAGAGCCAGUGUCUUCAUCAAAUUACAGAAGCCAAAUGCUGCCAUCAGAGACUGUGACAGAGCCAUUGAAAUCAAUCCUGACUCAGCUCAGCCUUACAAGUGGCGAGGGAAAGCACACAGACUUCUGGGCCAUUGGGAAGAAGCAGCCCAUGAUCUUGCCCUUGCCUGUAAACUGGAUUAUGAUGAAGAUGCUAGUGCAAUGCUGAAAGAAGUUCAACCAAGGGCCCAGAAAAUUGCAGAACAUCGGAGAAAGUAUGAGCGAAAACGUGAAGAGCGAGAGAUCAAAGAAAGAAUAGAAAGGGUUAAGAAGGCUCGAGAAGAGCAUGAGAGAGCCCAGAGGGAGGAAGAAACCAGACGACAAUCAGGAGCUCAGUAUGGCUCUUUUCCAGGUGGCUUUCCUGGUAAUUUUCCUGGAGGAAUGCCUGGAAUGGGAGGGGGCAUGCCUGGAAUGGCAGGAAUGCCUGGGCUCAAUGAAAUUCUUAGUGAUCCAGAGGUUCUUGCAGCCAUGCAGGAUCCAGAAGUUAUGGUGGCCUUCCAGGAUGUGGCCCAGAACCCAGCAAAUAUGUCAAAAUAUCAGAGCAACCCAAAGGUUAUGAAUCUCAUCAGUAAAUUGUCAGCCAAAUUUGGAGGUCAAGCAUAAUGCCCUUCUGACAAAUAAAGCCCUUGAUGAAGGAAAAGCAACCUAGAUCACCUAAUGGAUGUCGCAAUAAUCCAAACCAGUGUACCUCUGACCUUCUCAUCAAGAGAGCUGGGGUGCUUUGAAGAUAAUCCCUACCCCUCUGCCGCAAAUGCAGCUUGAAGCAUUUUACAGUGGUUUGCCAUUAGGGUAUUCAUUCAGAUAAUGUUUUCCUUCUAGGAAUUACAAACUUUAAACACUUUUUAAACCUAAAAAUAUUUAAAACAAAGGGGUGUUGUGUUAAUUCCUACAUUUUUCUUCACUAAUCUCUUUGGGUUUUUUCCUUUGAAUUAUUGGGCAAGGAAGGUACUUAAGUAUGGAAAAUUUAUUGCUCUAGUUUGAGUGAAAUAAAGUUUUAUUAGUGGGAGGCAAAUAUAAAUCAUUUAAAUAGGUAAAGUUUGAGUUGGAUAUAUGGUUACUGAAGCAUUUUGAUUUGUCUUUUUAAAUGCUUUAUUUUUUAAAAAAAUGAUUUAUUUCGAUAAAAUUAUAGGGACCACCAGUAUUUCAAUAGAACCUGGGUAGGGACUGGAAGUACUUGGCAGGAUAGCAGCAAUCUUACUGUGUUUUAUAUAACAUGCACCCUUGUGCAGGUUGCAUUUAAAUCUUACACUGUGGUGAAGGGAUGAUUUUUUUGUAAUGCUGCAGUAGAGUUGGAUUACUUAGGUCUGUUUUUGUCCAGUAUAUUAAAUAAAUGUUUCAUAUUAUUUCCACAGAGGGGAAAUAAGGGAGUACUUUUUUUUUUUUUCCUAUGUUUAAAAUUACCUUUCCUGAUAAAAAAAAAAAAAUUGCCCAACUCUAUGUCUGCCUUCUGCUUGUUCCAUUUUCCCCCUUAAAUCUUCUUGGGCUAAAAACACUCUUCUUUUCACUAGCAUCAUCACUGCUGUCAGUCACAGCAUAAUUGUGCAAGCAUAUUUAAUACUGGGCUUAAUUUAAUAUGUAAUAUAUAUGGUGACUGUUGGGUAAUACCCAUAACAGCUAUAGUUUCUUACUUGGCCGUGAGAUGGCUUAUUUAAGUAUUAGACUUCCACCUUGGCAAAAUCUUGUUAUAUCAAAAGGCAUUGGAAGGGCGGAUUCCCUUUGGUGUUUGGUUUUCUACUUAGGAAAUACCUAUUUUAGUUAGUUUAUCUUGUAAUAUUCAACUCUGUAGUUUGGAGAGAAUACGGUUUGAAUUAAUUGAUAGACAUAGAGAAGAACCUAACUUCUUGAUCCAGCAUGGAUUAUAAAAUAGAUGAGAUCCAUGGUCAUUUGUUGUGGAGUUGUUGGCACUAUGAAAGAUUCAUUAUCCUCCUAUUUAGCUCUUCCUUAAAUACUGCACCUGUACCCCCAUCUCAGCUUUCUCUCGCUUCUUCCCAUCCAAAGAUAAAGAAAAUGAUAAAUGUU